AUGCAGGUUCUUAUGUCUCUUUUACACUCCAAUGGUUAUGUUCACGACUUUUCUACAAAUGAUGUUACGAACAAGCUGGAAGCUUUAUUUUUUGUUCAUCCGACAUCUUUUAAGAUAUGGCGUGCAUUCCCACAUGUGUUGAUGAUAGAUGCUACGUACAAGACGAACAAGUAUAAUAUGCCUUUUGUUGAGAUUGUUGGCGUAACUUCUACAAGAAAAACAUUUUGCAUAGCUUUUGCCUUUAUAAGUGAAGAAAAGAUGGACAACUAUAAGUGGGUGUUAGAGUGUUUAAAGUUGACACUAGAUGAGUGCAUGCUACCACGUGUUAUAAUUACCGACAGAGAGUUGGCUCUCAUGAAAGCAUGCGAAAAAGUUUUUUCGAAUGCUACUCGAUUACUUUGUAGAUGGCACAUUAGCCAAAAUAUUUUGAAGAAUUGCAGGCCAACAAUCAAGACGCAACGUGAUUGGGACUCUUUUCUUUCGGCGUGGAAGUUACUAGAAGAUUCUUCGACGUGGAUAUCGUACAUGGAAAACUACAAGCAACUUCAAUUAGUAUUGAGGAAAUAUCCACGUGAGGAUAUCCCUUUGGAUUCAAUUGAUAUUUUUUGGAGGACACUAGAUGUUUCAUGGUCAACACCCUUGGAAAAUGAAGAUAUUCAAUGUGACGAUGAACUGCAUAUUUUCAAAGAAAAAUUCAAAAAGCAGUCCAACGCUGGAAAGAAGAGUUUCUUAAGAAAGCUAGCCGAUAUAUUCAAUCCAAGCACAAAUCUUAUUAAAGAACCCGCAGUUAAAAAAAAUACUCGCGGGCGGCCAAGCUUGAAGAAACAAAAAAAGAAGAAGUGCGUUGAUCCGAAAAAUCAAGAUCCUGGUAAAAGUAGUUAUUCCACCAGAUUUUUUGAUAUAGAUUUGAAUUUGGAACCGACAAAUAUUGAAACGGUGAGACACAGUUCAUAUGUAACAAGCGCACACGACUUGUUCCCGAAUUUAAAUGAAGAACCCGCGAGACACAGUUCAUAUGUAAGCCAGUCGUUUACCAGACCUGGUUCGGAAAGAUUUUUGAAACAACUUCCACAAAUUUUCCGUCAUUAUCUUACAGGUUUACAAGAUGUAAUAGGUGACGGAAAUUGCGGAUUUCGAUCGGUCGCUGUCGCUCUUGGUCUAUCUGAGGAUCAAUGGCCUCGAAUUCGAUCAGACUUGGUGCGGGAGUUAGAUGUUAACCAGCAAAAGUACAAGUAUAUAUUUGGAACGACAGAUUAUAAAAAAAUCUAUAAAACCGUACAAUUAGCUGGAAAAUGGAUGGAAAUGCCAAACACGGGAUUGAUUAUUGCUUCUGCAUACAAUAGAGUUGUUAUAAGUCUAGCUAAUGGAGGAAACGUCGGAGGUUGUACUACGAUUUUCCCUCUUUGGUCAAGUCCACCACAAUCAGAGCCACAUGGGACAAUCGUCAUUGCACAUGUGAAUGAUAACCAUUAUAUUAAAGCGACAUUACGCGAAGGUUGUCCUUUGCCGAUGACUCAUCCACUUUGGAUCACAUAUAAAAGUGACAUUGCAUCUGCAUGGGAAGACCCAUAUGUUAGUCGUCAGGAAGAGUUUCGUGAAUAUUAUUUUCGUAUUCCUGAAACUUUUGACCUAUCGAAGUAA